AUGCUCGACUCAUUUAUCCGGCAUGGUGUAAAAGGCGAUGCCCUGCGGUCCGAGGUUCUCGAUGCUCUAGUCAUCGGGUCCUUCGGACCUUGCUACUCUAUCUGCUCAGUGAUUCUACACACCUUAGCAAAUCAGAGCGUCCUCACCAAACUCCGGUGCGAGAUUAAUGAGGCAGUUGCUACAGGUAAGGCGCCCCGGACAGGCGAGGGUCUUAUCAGCUUUGCCCAGGCCAAGCAACUUCCAUACCUGCAAGCCGUGAUUCGCGAGUCACAACGACUGCUGCCGCCUGUAAUUGGCCUUUUCCCUCGCGACAUCCCUGCUGGGGGAGACUUUGUCACUGUCGCCAGCAAGACUAUAUUCCUGCCUGGAGGUGCAUAUAUUGGACGAUCGGUGUAUAGCAUGUUCCAUUGUAAAGAAACUUACGGCCAAGACGCCGAUAAAUUCCGUCCAGAGCGCUGGUUUGAAGCUGAAGACGCUAAGCUUGCAAAUAUGAUUCGUGUAAACGAACUUAUUUUCAACCACGGGAAAUACCAAUGUAUGGGAAAGGUGAUCGCUCAGGCUGAAAUAGCGAAGGCAGUGUUUGAGGUGAGUGCCGAAAUUGUCAGUAGGCAUAGACAUAUUGCUAACAUUGUGGAUGAGCAGUUACUUCGAGAAUUCGAUUUUGAUGUUGUUAGUCAAGACAAAGACCCCUGGAAGACAGUUGAUAUGUUUGGGAUUUGUGGCGUGUCAGAUUUUUGGGUACAUGUAAAGAGCGUUGAAGGAAAAACACAAACAUAA